ACCCAUUAGAGUUUCCCACAUACGCAAGUACGCAACACAGCAAGUCUGCAGCUGUAUUUUCGACGCUCCCAAAGAGGCAAAGACGCAAACUCUGGAACUGUUCAACCACUUUCACAGACUCAUCUCUCCUCCUCUCUCUGCGCGGCGGCGGCACGGCGGAGGCACGGCGGAGGACGACGGGUAACUCCGCAACCGUUCAUCUCCCAUUUACAUCUCAAACUUUUUUGAAGGUUUAGUCCCAUUGUUAGUGUAGGGCUUAUAAUGGGUGAGAACAAAGAAGCAAAGGUGAAGAAAUUUGAGGAAUUUGUCGACCGUCGGUUGAAGCCUGAUCUUGUAAAGGCCAUUGCUGAAAGGGACAAGCUUUUUGAACAACAGAAGACAUUCUCAGAUUUGAAGAGAAACAUACAAAAUUUGGAGAAGAAUAGUGUAAGCAGCCUCAAGACAUUAGUCAAUCUUGGGUCUGAAGUAUACAUGCAAGCAGAAGUCCCUGACACACGCCACAUAUUUGUAGAUGUUGGCUUGGGUUUUCAUGUUGAAUUCACCUGGUCUGAAGCUUUAAAUUACAUUGCGGCAAGGGAGGAACGGCUAGCCAAGCAAAUAGAGGAAUAUACCCGUCUGGUAGCAUCAAUCAAAGCACAAAUUAAGCUGGUUUGUGAAGGGAUACGAGAAUUGCUUCAGAUUCCAUUGUAGUAACGCCUUUUCCCCCUAAAGGAUAUCUCCUGGACUCCUGGCACAUACUUGGAUGAUCUACUUUCAAUCUGAAGUGAGCUUCUCUUAUCAUAGUCAGGAGUAAUUAGUGGAGAUUAUUAAAUCUCUGUAGUAGUGGAUAGAAAUGUAAAGAUAAAAUCAAAUCACAGACUAAUGUUUAUGUUUGCUAAUUUGGUUCUCUGAUAAAAAAAGGCACCUGAUUCAUUUUGCUGUA